AUGGGCUCCAGACAGCAUAUCCGGGACAUCAAGCAUGGUCUUCCGCUCUCUCACCGUGAUGACGUGCGCGCCUACAGCAGAGAGUAUGCCGAAGCACUCGAUUCCCAAGAUCCGCUGCGACACUUCCGGGACGAGUUUAUCAUUCCGACCAAAAAGGACCUGAAGCGGAAGGUGUUGGCUGAGGAUGAAGGCGAGGACGGAUCCUCGGCUCCAAAAUGCAUUUACUUCUGCGGCAACUCCCUCGGAGUCCAGCCGCGCAGUGUCCAGCGGUAUAUCGAGCGGUAUCUGCGCACCUGGGCUACGAAAGGCGUGACUGGUCAUUUCGUGCCGCACGAAGAUCAGCUCCUGCCUCCAUUUGUCGAUGUGGACACCGCGGGAGCGAAGCUGAUGGCGCCCGUUGUUGGGGCUUUGCAGAGCGAGGUCGCCGUCAUGGGGACCCUUACUGGUAAUCUGCACUUACUGAUGGCAAGUUUUUACCGCCCAACCAAGGAGAAAUAUAAAAUCAUUCUGGAGGGGAAGGCAUUUCCCAGUGAUCAUUAUGCGGUCGAAUCUCAAAUCCGCCAUAACAAUCUUACCCCGGACGAUGCCAUGGUCCUGAUUGAGCCAGAAAAUACAGACUCUCCUAUUCUGACAACGGAGCAAAUUCUCAGAGUCAUUGAUGACAACGCCUCCAGUACUGCGCUGAUUCUUCUCUCGGCCAUCCAAUUCUACACCGGACAGUACUUUGAUAUUGAACAGAUUACCGCUCAUGCCCACUCCAAAGGCAUACUGAUCGGUUGGGACUGCGCCCAUGCCGCCGGGAACGUGGAUCUGCGGCUCCAUGACUGGAACGUAGAUUUUGCGGCGUGGUGCAGCUACAAAUAUCUCAACAGUGGACCCGGUGGCAUGGCGGCAUUGUUUGUUCACGAGCGACACGGCCGUGUGGACGAGAAGCAAGCUGAUAGCGAUGAAUCAUUUCGUCCCCGGUUCUCUGGCUGGUGGGGCCAUGAUAGCAAGACGCGGUUCAAUAUGGAAAACAAAUUCACCCCCCAGCCCGGCGCCGCAGGCUUCCAACUAUCGAAUCCUUCGGUCCUGGACAUGAACGCCGUGAUUGCCUCACUCGAAAUCUUCGACCGAGCGUCCAUGGCUGCAAUCCGCCAGAAAUCACUCAGUCUCACUGGCUACCUGGAGCACUUGCUUCUCACGUACCCGCUCGACGCGCCCGCGGAAGACAAGCCGUUCACUCUCAUCACACCGUCCAAUCCACACGAACGAGGCGCGCAACUGAGUCUACGUCUUCAGCACGGUCUGCUGGACUCGGUGUUGAGUCAUUUGGAGGAGAAUGGUGUGGUGAUCGACGAAAGAAAGCCGGAUGUUGUCCGUGUCGCGCCCGCAGCCCUGUACAAUACAUACACCGAGGUGUGGGAGUUCUGUCAGAUCUUCCUGGAGGCGUGUAGAUCAGCAGUCCGGUCUCGGGACUGGAUGGCCAAGCCUACGGAAAAGGACCUAGAGUCUGCUACUGCUCAGGAUGUCAAAAAUGCGGGGAAUCUUCAUGGAGGUAGCGGGCCCGACGUCGCUGAGGUUGACUACUCCGUUUUCACGGAGACGCAGCUUCGAUAUAUUGUUUUCAUGGCCUCGUGGGCCGGCUUCUUCUCGCCGGUCUCGUCGCAGAUCUACUUUCCUGCCUUGAAUACCCUGGCCACGGAUCUACAUGUCACAAAUUCAUUAAUCAACUUAACCCUUACGAGCUAUAUGAUCUUCCAAGGUCUAUCGCCCAUGUUCAUUGGCGACUUCGCCGACAACGCAGGACGACGACCAGCGUACGUUGUAUGCUUCACUCUCUACAUCGCAGCCAACAUUGCUCUCGCCCUACAGAGCAACUACGCAGCCCUCUUCGUGCUAAGAUGUCUUCAGAGUGCCGGAAUCAGCACAACUAUUGCCCUCUCCGCAGGCGUGGUAUCCGACGUGGCCACCGCGUCCCAGCGCGGGUCAUAUAUGGGCUUCGUCACGGCGGGAUCACUCCUCGGACCCUCCGUCGGACCUGUGAUCGGGGGCCUACUCUCGCAGUUUCUGGGAUGGAGAGCCAUCUUUUGGUUCCUCGCCAUUUUCUCAGGAACGUUUAUGGUCCCGUUCCUAAUUUUCUUCCCCGAGACCGCUCGCGGAGUCGUUGGGGAUGGGUCACUGCCUCCUCAGAAAUGGAAUAUGUCCUUGAUCAGCUAUCUCAAGUCCCGCAAAGCUCGCGAGGAGGGCAUCACACCUCCCUCGUCCAAGAAGAAACUCUCUUUCCCCAACCCUUUCCAAACGCUGUCCAUUGUCUUCCAGAAGGAUACGAGCAUUAUCCUAUUCUGCAACGCACUGCUAUUCGCCGGGUUUUACGAUGUCAGCGCCUCCAUACCAUCCAUCUACCGCGACCUAUACGGCCUAGACGACCUCCAAAUCGGUCUUUGCUAUAUCCCCUUUGGUGUAGGCGCCACCAUCGCCUCAAUCGGCAACGGCAAGUUCCUAGACUUCAACUACAGACGCAUCGCCAAGGGCCUAAACUUCCCACUUGUUAAAAACCGACACACCGACCUCCGGAAUUUCCCUAUCGAAAAAGCACGGCUGCAAAUCGCCUUCCCGCUCCUGGCGAUCGGAAGUCUGUGCAUCCUUGUCUUCGGCUGGUUCUUGAAUUUCGGAAUCCAUCUCGCCGCGCCAACAACCAUCUUGUUCCUCAUGGGCCUGGCCCUGACCGGGGCGUUCAAUACCGUCAGCACGCUUUUGGUUGACCUCUACCCGGGGCAGGCGGCUAAAGCUACCGCCGCUAACAACUUUAUGCGCUGUUUGCUGGGCGCGGGAGCUACGGCCUUGAUCGAUCCCAUGCUCAAUGCUAUGGGGAGGGGCUGGUGCUUUACUUUUAUUGCGCUUGUCAUGCUGGGCACGUCGCCGUUUCUGUUGUUAGUGAUUCGGCAUGGACCGAAAUGGCGUGAGGAGCGGAGGGUGAAGCUGGAGGCUAGGAAUUAUGGGAACGAUACACGGGUUAAUAAUGAGCAGUCUGAGAAAAGGUGA